GGAUUUAUAUUGUUGAUAAUAUUUAAAAUAUGCAGUUUUGGAACAGGAAGGUUUAUUACAUUUGGAAAGCUCCUUCUUUACAAACUCCUUUUAGGAUGUUCUGUAGCAAGAAAGGGGAUGACAAGCCAUUAUAUCCUCAUUACCCAGCUGAAAUUGAGCAAUUUAUGAAGAAAUGAGAUAGAAAUAUAGAGGAGAUGUCUGUUUAUGAUAAAACAGUGAGGAUCAGAAACCUCGUAAAUAACAUCAAAGAGCAGUCAGUAUGGCAGUUUAAUCCAGACUCAGGAAUGAAGAAGGACCCAAGACUUCUGAGCCUUGUUUCCUCUAUUGAAAAGGAAUAUACAAAACUAAAUAGCAAAAACACAUUUAUGUAUUUAUUAGCACUCUCUUAUUUUCAUUUGGAUGACAACUCUGAAUUUUGUGAGAAAAUUUCAGAGGAUAUUUUAGCAGGAAAAUUACAACCCCAGUCUUACCAGGACUGAAUGACUUUGCUGAAUUUUUAUGCAAAAUCUGCAUUUGCCAAUACUGAAGUAUUAACCAAAUUAGAGCAAGCGUGAUCUAUAUGGAACUCCAAAGAGAGUCUCCAUAAUAGGAUUAAUGAAUUCUGGACUUUUAACGCCUUGGAAUACUACAAACAUAGUACAGAGUAUAUUAACAAUUUUGAAGAAAUGUUCCUUAGUCUUGAUGAAGAUAUUGAGAUAAGUCUCGAGCACAUCUCUAAACUACUUUAUUGCUACAGUAUGAUUAAUGAAGAUCUAAACUUUGAGGUGUUAAAAAGAAUACUCCAAAAUAUCAUCAGGAGGACAGAUAUCUUCCCUGAGAAUACUGCUGAAAAGAUGCCGAUGCCUGAUGAUCUUUACCAUAGUAUUGCAGUUAUAGCUACUUCUCUAACUCGGCUGAAUAUUCGGAAUGAGAAGAUCUUCUCAAUGAUCGCUACAAGAAUCCUUUGUGAUUCGUUUCAUCGCGAGGUGUACAAGAUCAAACCCAAAGAAUCAAUUCUUAUUUUUGAGGCUUUUAUAAGAGCUGAGAUUUAUAAUUACAAACUCUUGAGGGAGCUUGAAGGAUCUUUUCUCAGACAUAUUGAAGAUGCCGACUCAAACACAGUUGCCGAUAUGCUGCUUAAGCAUCAAAUGUGGUCAAGAGUAAUGAUUAACUGGAGAUUUGUGGAAAGGAAUCAGAAAGUUUCAUUCAAUAGCUACAAGAAGUACUCUUUGGUAUUUAUAAACACUCUUCUAAAGGAGAUUCAAAAGAAGGGAGUUAUUUAUUUAGACUAUAAGACCUUAUUCUUUGUUCUCAAAAUGGGAAAUAUUAAGUACCUUAAACAAAGAGCAAACUCAAGAGAAUUAUUCCAAGUUGGACUUCAAGGAAUCUCCGUCUUAAUGAACCAUAUUGAUAAAAUAUUUGAUGACCCUGAAAGAAAGGAAAUUGAAAUAUUUUUGUACUAUACUGAGCUUUCUAGGUGAAUUCUUAAUAAAGAAUCAGACCGACUUGUAAAAGAGAAGUUUUUGGAGCAUGGAUUUGACCUAGAAAAACUUAUACAAAGAGUAGAGGCUGUGAUGAAUAUGUAG